AUGGUGAGACAUCAUUGGCGUGGAACACUAAAGCAACCCUUUGCCAUCAAGCUUUUUUCAGGUGUAUGGAAUGCUCACCCACGAUUUGCAACCAGAACAGUUCUCGUUAAAAAUAACGACGUUGAUGCAGCCUUUUCACUCUUGAAUAGGUUGAUGGACUCAGAGGGACUACUGAAGCUCAUUCGUCGAACGCAAUAUUACCAGAAACCUUAUAUGCAGCGACAACAGCUCUCCAUAGAAGCAUCAAGUGCCAUUUUCAACGAAGAUAUGACUAGAAAGAUGCAAUUUAUGAUGAGAAAGAAUCGACCCGACGCCUAUCCGGGACAGAUGACAACAUAG